AGAUUCACAAGUGAGGGUGGACCAAUGUACUACGGUGCAGAGGCUUCCUUGGACGUUUUCCAACUCAAAGGCCUUUUGAACAACCAAGCGAGUGCCAGCCAAAUCAUUCUGACCAAAGGCGAAAAAGGGCCUAGAAACUCCUUGAAUGCGGUCCAUGUCGGGUACCAUGUUGACUUCACCGUGGAGGGGGACAACUUGACUCACUUCUUCACAUACUGGACUUCGAAUGGGUACCUAGGUACUGGUUGCUAUAACAUGCUCUGCUCCGGGUUUCUCCAAGCAAGUAGAGAAUUGGCUCCAGGGCAGGUCUACACAGGAAAUAGCUUGACACUCAAGAUUUAUAAGGAUCGUCUUGGCAACUGGAACCUGGACAGGGAUAGUGAAAGGAUCGGGUUUUGGCCGAAGGCGAUCUUCAGCAACAUGGGGGAUGCUUCUAUGGUGGAAAUGGGUGGAAAUGUUCGCUCGCCCAUGGGCUUGGCGAGUCCGGCUAUGGGCAGUGGAAAAGCGGUUAAAGCAGUUAUGAGGGACAUCAACAUGGUGGAUGGACAAGGCAAUCUGUAUCGAGCAGACUCGAGCAAAUUGAAGCUGAUAAAUGAUCUUGGCCCGCCCUACUACAUUGCUAAUUAUGACUCGUUUAACUUGUAUUAUGGUGGCCCUGGAGGAUGGAAGAAAGCUUGAAUCAUGCAGUAGUGGGGUGAUAUAUAUUCAGCUCAAA